GAAAUGCUUUUAAAUGGAAAUCCUGGAGAUAAACGUGUGCUAAGGAGUCUGGGAUACCCUGAGAUGGCAAUGUGUCCAGUGCAUACACCACAGCGUGGCAACUACACGCUGCAGUUUACACUACUGUCUACACCUCAGGCAGUUAAACUGCAUGCUGCUGACUAUGGAGCUGAAGAUCCGUUUAUGUGUGGCGCUGUUCUCUCUGAGUGUGUGUCUCGCUCUCAUGGGUCACGUGAGGGCGCAGGAGGAACCUGACGACAUGGAAAUGGAUGUGGAGGAUGCUACGGAUUUCAUACCGGAGGAAGAUGUUGAGGAAGAGGAACAAAAAGCCCCCACAGCCCCACCAACACCCACUGUCACGUAUAAAGCUCCAGAGCCAAUGGGAGAGCACUACUUUGCGGAGUCAUUUGAUAAAGGCACACUUCAAGGAUGGGUUUUAUCCCAGGCCAAGAAGGAUAGUAUCGAUGAGGAAAUUGCCAAGUAUGAUGGUAAAUGGGAGGUGGAAGAGAUGCAGGACACUAAACUCCCAGGUGAUAAAGGUCUUGUGCUGAAAUCCAAAGCCAAACAUCACGCCAUCUCUGCUCUCCUGCUGCGUCCUUUCACCUUUGACACCAAACCCCUCAUAGUCCAGUAUGAGGUGAACUUUCAGACUGGCAUUGACUGUGGCGGAGCCUAUGUUAAACUGCUGUCACAAACCCCUGACCUCGAAUUGGAGCAGUUUGUGGAUAAGACUCCAUACAGCAUCAUGUUUGGGCCUGAUAAGUGUGGUGAGGAUUACAAACUGCACUUCAUCUUCAGACACAAGAACCCUAAAACAGGAGAGUUUGAGGAGAAACAUGCCAAGAAGCCCGACGCAGACCUCCGCACGUACUACACCGACAAGAAAACCCACCUCUACACACUGGUGCUGAACCCUGACAACAGUUUUGAGAUCCUGAUCGAUCAGACUGUUGUGAACAGUGGUAAUCUGUUGAAUGACGUGACUCCCCCUGUCAACCCACCCGCUGAGAUUGAAGAUCCAGACGACCACAAGCCCGAGGACUGGGACGAAAGACCCAAGAUCCAGGACCCAGACGCAGUCAAACCCGAGGACUGGGAUGAAGACGCUCCUGCUAAGAUUCCUGAUGAAGACGCUGUGAAACCCGAUGGCUGGUUGGACGAUGAGCCAGAAUACAUCAGCGACCCUGACGCCAUCAAGCCAGAGGAUUGGGAUGAGGAUAUGGAUGGUGAGUGGGAGGCGCCUCAGAUCCCAAACCCUGCCUGUGAGACCGCCCCUGGCUGUGGUACAUGGCAGAGACCAAUGAUUGACAACCCCAACUACAAGGGCAAGUGGAAGCCACCCAUGAUUGAUAACCCUAAUUAUCAGGGUGUGUGGAAACCCAGGAAGAUUCCUAACCCAGACUUCUUUGAAGACCUCCACCCGUUCCGUAUGACUGCAUUCAGCGCCGUGGGUCUGGAGCUCUGGUCCAUGUCCUCUGAUAUUUACUUUGACAACUUCUUCAUCACUUCUGAUCGUAACGUGGCCGAUCGGUGGGCUACAGAUGGCUGGGGUCUGAAGAAAGCAGCUGAGGGAGCCGCUGAGCCUGGUCUGGUGAAUCAGAUGAUCACAGCUGCUGAAGAGAGACCCUGGCUCUGGAUCGUCUACGUUCUGACUGUGGCUUUACCUCUGGUGCUCAUCAUUGUCUUCUGUUGCACUGGAAAGAAGAGCUCAGCUUCCACAGCUACUGCAGCGGAGUACAAGAAGACAGAUGCUCCUCAACCAGACGUGAAGGAUGAAGCUGAGGAGGAGGAGGAGGAGGAGGAGAAGGAGAAGCCUGAGGAAGAAGCCAUAGAUGAAGAACCAGAUGGAAAGAAGAGUGAAGGAGAGGAUUCUACAGGAGACGGAGAGGAGGCUGCAGGGACAGAACACAACGACAACAAUAAAUCUAAUGAGAAAUCAGAGGAGGACAUUCUGAGAAGGUCUCCCAGAAACAGAACUCUUAGAAGGACUGAAGAACUUCCUGAAUUAGUUUCAUGUGCAGUUCCUCGCCUCAACCAUAUCCCAACAUCCCGAUCCUCCCAUACCUUCCCCUCCCACGUUCCCUUCCUCCCCUGUUCUUCUGCUUCAUCUUCAAUACUGUGACAAUGGAGUGAAACAGUCCACUGCACGACCAACAGCAAAAAAACGCCUCCUCAAACAGGGCUGAGGAUGUUGAUGGUUACCAUGGUGACAACGAUGAUUGAAUAGCAUAAUAACAUUCUCAUGACUAAACAGAAACAUUUGUUACCAUUCCUCGACUGUGUAUCUAGUAUAUCUUCCUUUAAUCCGUCACACACAAUUUCAGACAGUGUUCCUGCACCCAAACCAUGGCAACACUAUGGCACACUAAAUAUUGUAAGGCAAACAGCUUUAUUUGUCUGUGUUUUGUAGGGAACACGUUAUAGAAUAACAAGAGAAGCCACGGAAAGAAACUAUUGUAAGAAAGACAGGCGAUUUGAUUUAUAUAUAUAUAUUCAUUAUAAACUCUAAAACAGGCCACAUGUCGCUUGAACGUACACUUGGAUUUUAAGUGUCAUAAAAUGAUUCAGCCUCCAUUCCAUGUGGUUCAACUAUGACAUUUAAGGGAUAGUUUACUCAAAAAUUGAAAUUGUCACUAUUUACUCACGCUUAUGUAACUGCAAACCUUUAUGAUUGUGGAACAGAAGAGGAGACAUUUUGAAGAAUGUUGACACUGCUCUUUUUCCAUACAUUUAAAUAAAUGGCAACUGAGACUGUCAGUCCCUAACAUUCCUCCAGUUUCCUUUUGCAUGUUCCACGGAAGAAAGAAAGUCAUCCGACUUUGGAACAACAUAAAGGUGGAUAAAUGACAGAAUUUUAGUUUUUGCAUCAACUAUCCCUUUAAUACAUCCAGAUGUGGCGAACGCGCUCAGCAAAGUGUCCAGGGAGAAUGCCAGCUAGAUUUGUAGUUUCUAGUGUGCUGCCUUUUUUUGUAGGACACAAGAUUUGCUAAUAUUUUUUCUGUGAAUAUACUGUGAGUUUUGUCUGAUAUGUCUUCUUUUUGUUUGUUUGUUUUUUUGCUAUUCCAAUGGACUUUUUACUAAAUCUUGAACUGAAGUAGAAUCUAACCUCUCCAGCCCGAUAAUGAUUCCAUAAUGGGACAAAAACUUGACAUUUCAGCAUGUUUUUUUAUUUUUAUUAUUAGAGAAAGCUUUGCAAGAUGAUAAUGGCUUUGCUUUCUUUGACUCAGCAUUACAAUGAGGCUCAGAGUCUUUUCAUUUGUGCAUAUUGUGGGCUUGAUUCGUCUAUUAAUAACAUAUUUUGUGAUGUCAUACCCAUGUUUCCAAUAUUUGCAGCAGUAGCAGCUUCCUCUUAUAGAACCAAUCACAUUCAGACCAUGUAACCAACUAAGUGACCAUUUCACAAUUCCAAUAUUAGAAGACUCUUUGUUUUCUGAGUGUCACUCGAAACGUGGAAAGCAUGGUUGUGGGUGUAAAGCAAUCUGAAAUGUAAUGUACCAUUUCAUAACUCUGCCACUAUAUACUUGACCCCAAAGGCACUAUUAGGGGCUUACUCUAAUUUAACUAGCACAUGUGGUAUUGCUAGUUUCCUUAAAGUUACUUGUUUCUACUCUCAAAAUGGCAAACCGGCCUCAUCUGUGUAUAUUCCAUCAAGACAGUCAGAUGAAAUGACAUAACAUGAGCUCCGUGACGUAUGCCUCAAGACUUAUGAAGAUUUGGCACUUUUAUUGGUAAUGAAGAUUAACUUAAAAAAAUAAAUAAAUAAAACACAACAUACAAGCUGAUAUGUUGCUCUGCUGUACUUUUUAAAGGGAUAGUUCACCAAAAAUGUGCAUUUCUGUCAUUAUUUACUCACCAUACCAAACCUGUAUGAUGUACUUUAUUCAGUGGAACACAAGUGGAUAGGUUAGUCAUGAAAAAGUUAUUUGAGUUUGGAACAAAAUGAGGGUGAGUAAAUGAUGGCAGAAUUUUCUUUUUUGGGUGAACUAUCCCUUUAAGACCUCACUUUGCUUUCUCUAAUGUGCAAUCUUAAAUGUCUUUGCUGUACAUGUAUGUUUGGGCUGUUAAUUCCUCUUUGUUUUUGUUUUUUUUUUCCACAAAUGUAGGCGAAUAACAGUUUGAAUGGAUGGAAAAAGAUCAAUUGAAUGAUUUAUUGGUGUCUUUGCAGUUGUGAAUUUGAGAUCAUGAGUCUGAGCAAUGAUUUUGGGGAGGGGGUUGGGCGGUUUGGGAAAAAAUCCAUCAUGUUAUUCACAAACUGAAAUAAACUGAUUUGAUGAA